AUGAAGUACGCAUUCGUUCUCACGGCCAUGGCCGCACUGGCCUCGAAGGUCGCCGCGGUCGGCGUCUCCGGCACCCCAGAGGGGUUCGCCUCUUCCGCCACUGGUGGCGGUAGUGCCACCGCCGUUUACCCUUCCUCCACCGAUGAGCUGGUCUCCUACCUCGGUGACAGUGAGGCCCGUGUCAUUGUCUUGAGCAAGACUUUCGACUUCACCGACACCGAGGGCACCACUACGACCACUGGUUGCCAGCCCUGGGGUACCGGCUCUGCCUGCCAGGUUGCCAUCAACAAGGAUGACUGGUGCACCAACUACCAGCCUGAUGCGGCGACUACUUCCGUUACCUACAACAAGGCCGGUCUGCUCGGUAUCACUGUUGGCUCCAACAAGUCCUUGAUUGGUGAGGGCAGCAAGGGUGUCAUCAAGGGCCGUGGCCUGCGCAUGGUCAGCGGUGCCGAGAACGUCAUCAUCCAAAACAUUGCUGUCACCGACAUCAACCCCCAGUACGUGUGGGGUGGUGAUGCCAUCACCGUCAACGAGGCUGACUUGAUCUGGAUUGACCACGUUACUACUGCCCGUAUCGGUCGCCAGCACUACGUCCUCGGCACCGAGGCGGACAACCGGGUCUCCAUCACCAACAACUACAUCAACGGUGAAUCUGACUGGUCUGCCACUUGUGAUGGCCACCACUACUGGAAUGUCUACCUGGAUGGUUCCAGCGACAAGGUGACCUUCAAGGGUAACUACCUGUACAAGACCAGUGGUCGUGCCCCCAAGGUCCAGGAGAACACCUACCUGCACGCCGUGAACAACUACUGGGACGAGAACUCCGGUCACGCCUUCGAGAUCGGCUCUGGUGGAUAUGUUCUGGCAGAGGGCAACUACUUCUCCAACGUCAAUGAGGUGCUCGAGGAAUCCUCCUUCCAAGGUGCGCUCUUCGCCGCCGACAGCGACUCCAGCACCUGCUCCUCCUCCAUCGGCCGCUCUUGUGUCGCCAACGUCAACGGCGGUACCCUUACUGGUUCUUCCUCCGACGUUCUGUCCAACCUGAAGGGCGAGACUCUGGCCGAUGCCUCCAAGGCCAGCACUGACCCCGCCGGCAGCGCCGGUCAGGGUAACCUGUAA